AUGGGUAUGAUCAGGAAUGAUUUUGAGGAAGGAAGCAGAAUUUUUACGAUUGGGGGGGCUUCUUCAACAGUGUUUUGGUGGUUGGACGGGUUGAAUCCGGAUUUGAUUCGACCAAAACGGUCUUAG